UCUUGUGUGUUUUGUCGGUGGCGGUGGUGGUGAAUUUGCUGUCGUUUUUGUUUGGCUGCAGUGGCGCGUAACACAGCCAACCCCCAGAAACCGGGUUGAGUACUGGGCACUAGUGGUAUCUGCUCCUGGGACACACAGGAUGCGCUCGAGUGCACCUGCGCACCUGUUCGACAACGACAAGUGCCACCACGGACAAUAGUAAAACCUAAUCGCCGGCUGUGUGAAUUUUCCAUUUGUAACAUACAUAAUUUAUGCAAAGCGAAUGCGGAAAAGUGGAAAACUCAACUGGUGUUUGUUGUCGUUUCGAAGGGAAAGGAAAGCCCAUCGUUGGUGGGAAUUGCCGAUAGGAGAGACUCCCAGCCCGUAAACUGACAUUAUCGUUAUGGCCCGCUUUCCGAUCAUGGCCCACUAGCCGCGAUCAUGCUGAUUGUGGACAUGUUAACGCUGGCACUGGCAAAUGAGCCGAUAUGCGGCGGCAAAAUGAGAUCAAGUGGCAAGAGUGGCAGCAGCAACAAUGGCUUUAAUGGUGGGGAUAAUCAAGAAGUAGCUGGAGCAGGAGCAAUGAUGAUGGCCAACACGACCGGCGGUGGAGUAGGCCAAAACUUUGGGCCACUUUCUGGCCACUUGGCAUGCGAGGCACGCGACUCACGCGACAAUGUUGCUGCCGUGCAGUGCGAGGUGCGUCAGCAAUGCCACUCAGCGAUAGACGGAGUGGAGGCGCGUGCGCGUGCUGAAUACACUGGCAACAACAAGGGCAGUGGCAACAGCAACAAUAGCAGCAACAACAGCAACAAUAGCAGCAACACUAGGAGCAACACUAGGAGCAACAGCAACAGCAACAACACAUACAAUUGCUGCAAUAAUAUCAGCAACAACAGUAGUAAUAUUAGCAACAACUGCAGCUACAAUACUAGCAAUAUUUGCAACAAUAGCAGCAACAACAACAGCAAUACUAGCAGCAACAUUAGCAGCAACUCUGGCGACAACACAGCAACGGAAGUGGCCACGAAAUGUGAGUACGCGCAACUCGAGCGUGAGAGGCAGAGCGUGAGCGCAGGCGCAUACCUGCAACCACCCAAUGUGACAAUCAGCAGCACCAGCAGCAGCAGCAACAACAACAACAACAAUAACGGGAGCAACAACAAGGGGAGCAGCGCCUGCUCAAUACCUACAAUUGGCAGUGAGCUUUUCAAAGCCAACCUUGUGACAGCAGCACAAGCAGCAGUCGUCGCAGCUGAGCAGCAGAGGCAGCAGCUACAACAGUCAACCAGCAGCAGCAGCAAUCAGUCAACGGAUUCUGGUCAAAAAUUGUGCAAAUUGAUAGAUUCCAGUGAAAAAUCAGUGGAAAUCAAUUGCCCCAGUCCUCGUGCCGCAGAAAAGCAGUUAAAGGGUAACAAGCAAAUAGCGAUAACUGCGCAAAUCGAACUCGACGACAUCAGCAGCAGCAGCAAUCACGACGAAAACGAAAACGCAAACGACGACGAGGCGCGACGUACAGAAAAAAUUGUGCAAAAAAGCAGGCAAAGCGCGUUGUCUGCUCGCGGGCUAGAUAAUUUUUUUUAUCCCAGUGAAAAUGUGCAAAGUGCUACGCCAGCAGCAACAUUACUAACACCAGCAAUAGCAAUAGCAACAGCAACAUCAGCAGCAGCAGCAGCAGCAGCAGCAGCAGCAUCAGCGACAGGAGCAACCUUAAGCUCGAAAAAGGAGCAGGAGGAGAAGGAGGAGGCGGAGGAGGCGAAGGAGGAGGCGGGGCAGGCGCCAUUGUCAUUGCCAUAUUACCAGCAAUACCCGUAUCCAUUCACUUGCAAGCCCCCCAGCAACUCAUCCUUGGCUUUCUGUGGUGUUGAUAAUGUCGCUGGCAUUGCUGCUGUCCGCCCACCACAAACCUCGCCCCUUGUUGUUGCUGGCGGUUACGUGGAUUACGUGAAAAGCAUCGCUGAACAAGUGCAACACGACCAGCGACCAGCAGCAGCAACAGCAGCAACAUCAGCAACAGCAGCAACAGCAGCACCAGCAGCACCAGCAGCAAAAUGCAGCGAUUUAGAUGCAACAUCUGAGGAGAAACUCAUCGAUUGUGAGUCCUUGGUGGGCAAUACAUCAUCAGAAGUACCAGAAGUAGCAACAGCAAUAGCAGUAACUGCAGCAACUGCAGUAGCAACAAGCUGCAGCGAGCAGGAUCUCAUCGAUUUUGAGCACGAUUUGGGCGAGGAUUUUGUGGCCAGCCAGCGCCUGAAGCGACUGCAGUGCAAUUUUCAGGGACGCGUGGCCAUUAGUAGUAACAUUGAUUGUGUAAAGGCAUCCUUGAGACCACAACAACAACAGCAGCAGCAGCAGCAGCAGGAGGAGGAAGAGCAGCAACAAACAAUAAGCAUAACAAAGAAACUACCCCCAAAAGGAGACAGUCAGCACCGAACUCAAACCCCAACCCCAACCCCAACCCCAAUCCAAACCCAAACCGAAACUCAAAUCCCCAGCCAAACCGAGUCCAGCCAGAGCAAAGACAAUAAGACAAUUGCAGCAGUUACGGACGAAGCGGCGGACUCAAGUGCAAUUCAAUUAAAUGUGGAUGUCGAGCAAUUGCCAAAUGAAAGCGAAACAGCCAGACAAACAGCUGAAAAUCGCCAGGAGGAGCUGGAGCAGGAGCCACAUUUGCUGAAUACGCGUAGCGAGUUGUUGCCAGUGCGCAGGAUCGAGAGUAGCGGCCAAGUGGUGAUUGAAAUCGAAACGGACGGUGAGGCGGAGGAACGCGAACCGAAGAGCAGGAGCGCCUUUGUCCAGCCAGCCCAGUUGUCGUCCAGCGGACAGUUGAGGGCCUCAACGGAGGCCGGCGAUUUUGCGGCUGCCGCCUCGCUCAGUGAGUUCGAUGUCCAGCGUUUUGGUGAAUAUCUGAAGGCCGCCCGCCAAUUGCAGUGGCGCCACACAAAUCCGGAUAGCAGGGAUAACCGAAAGUAUCAGCAGGGUACUAGCGAUUUCCAGUGCUACGACGAAUUGCUGGCCGAAUUUGUCAGCGAGCAGCAACAGGAUUACGAGCAGUUUGAAAGCGAUAGCAACGAAGUGAGCGAUAACGAAAGCGACAACGAUAGCGAUAACGAUUUGGCUAUCGAUAACGAUAGCGAAAGUGCCUGCCAGUGCCAUGAGUGCCUAGCCAGCCAGGAGCAGCAGACCAGAGCCAUCACUUUCGCAGUUGGCGGAGCCACAAACAGCUCUAAUUUAGCCUCGAAUCUAGUCCCAAGUCCAGCCUAUUUAGCCUUGAAUCUAGCCCCAAAUCUAGCCCCGAAUCUAGACCCGAAUCUAAACCCAAAUCCAGCUCAUUCCACCCACCUGACUAACGGCUACAAAAUGCGCGAGGUCAAUGGUCAGUUGCGCGGCCUGCUCAAGAAGCCAAAUCGACCGCCGCCGGCACGCAAAAAUCGCGUGGUCUUCGAUGAGACGCGCAACGAGUUCUUCGAGGCCGACUACAUAAUCCUGAUCCGCGAGGAUUGCGCAUACGACGAGGAGGACGAGGAACCCUGCACCUGCGGCGAGCACGAGCUGGUGCGCCUCUGCUGCGAGGAGGGAUGCCAGUGCAACUACGCCGUCAAUCCCGCCGAGGCGGGCGAGGGCAGGACGCCACAGAGUCCCAAAUACCAGCCGCCAAUUGAGUUCGUGGACGAUGCGGCACUCAGUCCGCCCGAUGGCUACAAGGACAGCAGUCUGAAGAACACGCUCGGCGGCGCCUUGAGCGGCCACAUCUUCGGGGCGCAACAUCUGCAGCAGCUGCAGGUCAUUCAGCGCCUGCAACAGCAACGUGCCGCGAUGCUGGCCGCCCGAAAUACCACAAGCGGUGGUCAGAUACCACCUCCGCCCCCGCCCGUCGGCAGUGCCCAGCAGCAGCAACAGCAGCAACAACAGCAGCAACAACAACAGCAGCAACAACAACAACAGCAGCAGCAGCAACAGCAACACCAGCAACCUCAUCAUGGAGCAAUGCAGCAGCAGCAAUCGGAGGAUGACCUGCAGGGCGUUUGCACCGAGUGUGCCGAGUGCGCCGAAUGUGCGGCCAAGCAGCUCCAGGAAGCAGAAUGCAGCUCACCGCAGUGUCCGGAGGAGAUGACUCCGCUCGGGGUUCCCGCCGUGGCCAUCCUGCCACUGCACACCAGUUCCCCGGAGCGCCGCAUCACCCAGAAGGAGAUUAUCGCUGGCGAGGAGCGGCCCAAGUACGUCCUGCAGUCGCAGUACAAGCCAUCACCCACAGCAGUGACCGAGCGCCGCAUCAUCCGGGAGGCGCAUGAAGAUGUGGCAACCGCCCCGGGUAGUGCCGCUCCCGGCCCCGGCCCCGCCCCCGCUCCAGGUACCGCCCCCGGCUCAGUUGGAGCAGCUGCUGCGGAUAUGCAACCGCCCGCCUUGCCGGCCAAGGCCAGUGCCACAGCAGCAGCGGCCGCCGCAGCAGCCGCCGCAGCAGUCGCAUCAGCAUCCGCAGCAAGCCCAUCCGAGCAGCAGCAGUCCGACGCUCAGAAACCACCACCCAUACCGCCCAAGGAGACAUCGCCCACGCAGAUCAGUGGAAUACUUAAGGGUGGCAAGCUAUGGAAGCAGGACUCCAUCUCUCAGCAGUCGGAUGACCAGAACAACACCACAUCGGAGGACGAGAGUGGUGCCACAAAGCGUUCGGUGCGUUUUGUUACCGAGGAUCAGGCCAAUGCCGGCACCGACAGCGAUGCCCAGUCCUUGGCUGGCGAUCUGGACGACAGCGAGAACCAGAUCAACGAGCUGAUCCCCAUCAAGAAGCACUCGACGCUCUUCAACAACGCCCUGCGCCCCAAUUCGGCGGUGCGCCAGCUCUUCCCCAGCGUCUCGGCCCAUCAGGCGCCCGUCCUCACCUCGGAGGCACUGCGGGCCUUCGAUGAGUCCAAGCGGGCCGGCUGCCUGGUCACCCACCUGCCCGGAAGUUGUGGCGACUCCGACACCCUGCGCCGCAGCAUGGAGCGGAAUAUCCUGCGCCGAUCGUUGAUCAAAAAAAAGGCUGUUAAGUCGGACAUAUCGCUGGAGGAGCGCAUCAAGCAGCUGACCUGCGACAUCGACGAGGAUCUGGCCGAGGAACUGCAGCGGGCUGUGGACGAGGACGCCGAGGCUGCCGCCGAACGGGUCGAUGAGCUGGACCAGCGCAACAGUCCCGCCGGCGAGGAGAAUCCCAAUCCGGUGCCCGGCUCCGGUCCACCACACAAGUUUGUCAACGGCGAGAAGAGCUUCUCGCCGAGCAGCUCGGUAUCGAGCUCCUCGAGCGGUUCGUCGGCCUACAAGAAAAUCGCCGACAUCUUCAAUCGCGACAAGAAGCAGGAGAAGAUCAUGGAGAUGGAGGAAAACCCCAUUGUCAUUAUACCCCAGGAGUGCCGUUGUCCGGCAGCUCCCGACUUGGGCAUGGGCAUCCAGGUGCCGGUGGUGCACACGCAGAUCCAUCGCACUCCACCGCGCCAGACAGAGCCGAAGCGCCAGUUCCUGUCCUCCACUCUGGCCCCGCUGACCGCCUGUGUGGCUGGGAACAAGGAUGACCUAUCCUCGUACUACACACUGGCCGCCGCUGCCGCCGCUCAUCCACAUGCCCAUGGGCACGCCCACACGCAUGCGCAUGCCGCCCACUAUGCCGCCGCCGCUGCGGCGGCUGACUUCAAUAUGGGACAGCUUUUGGGAGCGGCUGCAGCGGCCGCCGCCUCUGGAGAUCCGGCUGCCCAGCAUGCUGCUGCCAUGGCGGCUCAGGGAUUGGCCCAGGGAUUAGCUGCAGCAGGCGGAGGCGGGGGAGGAGGUGGAGGUGGAGGAGGUGUAGGACCCGGAGGAGGAGAGGACCCCCGCAAGGUGGCGCCCGAUGUGAUUGCAGGAACGCCGGGACAGGAGAUGGCCGGUCGGCCGGAGCAGGACGAACUGGCCGCCUUCGCCCAGGCGGAUGCCAAGCGGACCGAGCAACUCAAGAAGCGGUACACGGGAGCGGGCUCGUCGGAGCCCGGCCAAUCGCAGGCCAGCAGCGAUGACGACGAGCAGAACGACUAUGGGUUCAACAAGCGGCCCUCGGUGCGCGGCAUCAAGCCCAAGUUCAGCUCGACCAACGAGAUAUUGGCCCAAAUGCAGGAGCAGCUGAGUGCGGCGAUACCCACGGUGGUCAACAGCCAGCCAGUGCAGCAUGCUGUGAAGGGCUAUGCCAUGCCCAACACGCUCAAGCAGAAUCCCUCGCCCCAGAAUGUGCCACAGAAUGUGCAACAGCAGCAGCAGCAACACCAGCAACAGCAGCAACAUCAGCAGCAACACCAGCAACAGCAGCAACACCAGCAGCACUUGCAGCAACAGAUGGCCGCUGCUCUGCAGAAGACCGAGCAGCGAACGUGGAGUUUCUACAGCGAGACCGGUGAGCAGCAGCGCUUCCCCAUGGACGCGGCCGCCAUCCAGCAGACCUACUAUCAGACCCUGCCCGCCGGCACCAUGUUCCGGCAGACGAUGAUCCAGCAGGGCGCCACUGCGGCCGGCGGCGGUGCCGACGAUGCCUCGCUGCUGUACGCCGCCGCAGCGGCUGCCCAAAAUUGCCAGAGCGUCACCGCCACGGCCACCGCAACGGCCACCGCCACCGCCACGGCCAUCGAGCAGAGCAAGCACAGCAGCUACAGCAGCCACUUCGCCCGCAGCCCCACCCGGCGGCCCGAGUCGCCGCCGCCGCUGCGCAACUACCAUCAGACCAUGGUCCUCAUCCCGUACAACGCGGAGACCUACUCCCAGUUCGCCACCAGCAGCAGCGGCGAUCCCAAGCUGGCCCACAUCCAGCGGCAGAAUAUCCUCGAAUACCAGCAGGUUACCCAGCAGACGAUUCGUGUGCCCAUUGGCUACGCCCUGCCCGGCAUGCAGUUGCAUGUGGUCGGUGGGCGUGGCCAUGCCGCCCACUACGCACAGCACCAGCAGCAGCACCAGCAACAACAACAGCAGGUUCAGCAACAGCAGCAGCAACAACAGCAGCAACAGCAGCGCCUGAUGCAGGGACACUAUCAAUUUGGACCGGAGGGCGGAAUGCCCGGGUUCAGUGAGCGUGGAGUGCCCGAAGGAGCGGCGGCUGUUUCGCACAGCGAUUGCAAUGCCAUGGUAUCGCCGACUUCGGCGGCAGCAGCAGCAGCAGCAGCAGCAGCAGUACAGCAGCAACAGCAGCAGCAGCAACAGCAGCAGCAGCAACAGCAGCAACAACAGGUUGCUGGAGGAGUGGGUGUGGGCGUGGGCGCCCAGGCACAGGGAUCCGUUUACUAUGCGAUGAACGUAUGACCCACGCUCGAAUAGUCGCUGCCAGCGGCGGUCAUUGUCGAGCGCCGCCAGUGUCAACUAGUCGAAAUGUCAGCGACUUCAGUGCAUUUGGGGAGCGGCGGCAUGGGCGGCAGAUGAGCGCCAGCCCCGCUAGAAUCCUCGAGUUCCCAUGCGUCCCAUCCGCUGAUUUGAGUUGCCCCUCAGUUGACCCUAGCGAGCGUUUUUGAAUCAGUUCGAUCUUCCGUUCAGCAAGUGUAUUUGUAUCCGUAUCCGUAUCCGCAUAUGUUUCCGCACCAGUAACAGUAUCAUUAUCUUUAUCCGUAUCCGUGUUGUCUGUAUCCUUGUGUCGCAAAUACUCUUAAAUGGGAGUGGUAUGGAAAUCUCUAAGGGCUUUAAAUCACUUAAAGACUUUAAGUGCGAUAAGCCAAUAGAUCAAUGACAAGCAGAUCAUUUCAGAGGUUUUAAGUCUCUAGAGAUUAAUGUGGCACCCCACGAUUACAUAGAACCGACAGAGUUACUAAUACCUUAAGCUGGUUGUAAACGGUGCAGCGGCAUUCUCUCAUUCGAAAUACUUUUGAUAUUAUGUGCAGCAUGGGCACUGCAACGUUUACAACCAGCCUUAAAAACAAUCCAAAGGGGAUCACUCAAUGUUACGCAUUACUCCAAAAAGUAUACUUUAAGUUAAGCCUUAGUGUCGAGGAUUUUAUUUCAUAGUUAUUAAUAUUUAGCCGAGUGCAGUGGAGGAGAGAUGAAAAUCUAAACCAAAAUAAAACCAAAACACAUGAAUUUAUUUCAAGCAUAUACAUGCUGGGUGCUAGUAAUGCAACAACAACCACAACAAAUACAACAAAACCAAGAGAAAGUUAAUUAAGCUAUGCAAAUUCUAUUAAACAAAGUUAAAACUAAAACAAAGAUAUGUAAUAAUAUUUUUUUUAAUUCAUUUUUUUUUUGCUGUUAGUCAAGAAAAACGAGUUUUGCUCAAUGGAAAAUGCAUUUAAAUUUAAACGCAUCUAUAUAAACACAUACAUAAUUAUAUAUCUACAUAUGCGUAUGCUAAACUAAAUUAUACAUAAUUAAAUUAUAUUGAAUUGAAUUGAUAUUAUAAAGUAUUUCCAAUGUAGUGCAAUUUGUUGCUAACUCCAAAAGCUCUCUUAUUAAAGAGUAUUAUAUUUAAACAAAUAUAUAUCUAAAUAUAUAUUUUAUGAGUAUCAAAAUUAUA